AAAUAGAAGAUAAAAUUAACGCCAAGACAAGGGCAGAAAAUCAAAGAGGGGAGGAGGGAAGGGAAGAAUCAAGAGGCUGGCAAUUAUCAUCAAAUAACUAAAUUUUGGGGAUCGGUAGGGCUGCUUCUGCAGUGUCUGCCCUUUCCACAUAAUUUGAAAACACAAAAUAAAAAAAAAAAAAACCAAAAUUUCCAUUUCCAUUAUUACUUUGUAUUGUAACCUCGCGAUGCGAUUGGGUUUAACGCGGCGGCGGCAGCAGUCGGUGUCGGGGAGAAACGACUUGACAGAGGUUGUCGUUUCAAAUGAAGUUGGAAGAAGGAGAUCAUCAUCAUCAUCACCUUGAUGAAUGGGAUUGCAAUUGCAGAUGAGUUGGCAGCCGAGUUUAUUGAGUCAGAAAAGAAAGAACGGACCGCCUUUAGGGUUGAAGAAUCUCGGCAACUCUUGCUAUCUCAAUAGCGUCCUUCAGUGCCUUACUUAUACUCCUCCUCUCGCUAAUUUCUGCCUCCGGUUACAACACUCCUCUUUCUGUGAUUCUGUUUCCAACGGUGACCGAAAGCGGGAGUGUCCAUUUUGCAUACUUGAGAAACGGAUAGUUCGGUCCCUAAGUCUAGACCAAACGCUGGAUGCCCCAUCUAAGAUCCAGAGCUGUCUGAAGAUUUUUGCCGAGCAUUUCCGGGGCGGUCGCCAAGAGGAUGCACAUGAAUUUUUGCGCUAUGUUAUUGAUGCUUGCCAUAAUACCUGCUUAAGACUCAUGAAACUGCGGCGGAAGGGGAAUGACUCUGCUAGUGGAAGUAAUUCUGUCGUUAAGGAGAUAUUUGGCGGUACUUUGCAGAGCCAGGUCAAGUGCUUAUCAUGUAAUUCCGAGUCCAAUAAGGUUGAUGAGAUCAUGGACAUUAGUCUCGACGUUUUGCAUAGUAAUUCGCUUAGAGAGGCAAUGCAAAAGUUCUUCCAACCUGAGAUUUUGGAUGGCAGUAAUAAGUAUAGAUGCGAAAAUUGUAAGAAAUUGGUGACAGCAAGGAAACAAAUGUCAAUUCUGCAAGCACCUAAUAUCUUGGUAAUCCAACUGAAGAGAUUUGAGGGCAUAUUUGGUGGUAAGAUUGAUAAGGCUAUUGCAUUCGAAGAAGUUCUAGUACUUUCAAGCUUCAUGUGUAAAGGAAGCCAGGAUCCACGACCAGAGUAUAAUCUCUUUGGCACCAUUGUCCAUUCGGGAUACUCGCCAGAAUCUGGACACUACUAUUCAUAUAUCAAGGAUGCAAUGGGGCGGUGGUAUUGCUGCAAUGAUUCAUUUGUGACACUUUCAACACUGCAGGAUGUGUUGUCAGAGAAGGUCUAUAUUCUUUUCUUCUGUCGCACUAACCAAAGGUCAUUAUCUGCCCGUGCCCCUUUUACUGCCAAUGGAGUAAAAUCAUACAAUCUCAAUGGGAGUGAGGCAUCUAAGAACCCAAAAGUCCUUCCAACUAAAGGGAUUGCAAAAAAACUAUUUGUUGAACAACAAUCUUUGGAUAAGGAUAUUCAAUCCACGUCUAAGGUUGAUAAAGUGCCUUCCAGUCCGCGGGUAAGGUUUAAUAUUUUGGGUACCUCUGGCUCCAGGAGGGUUCCUUCCGCUGUUGAUGGAAAGGCUGACACUCUCAAGAACCAAAACAUGAAAAUGAAUGGGACUGCAAAAGGCACAGGUUCUAUGGAGAAAAUCAGUGAAGAUAUGCCACCAAUAACAAAUGGAAAUGGUGUUUACAACAAUAAAAAAGUUGAUGACGGUGAUAACUGCAGAGUAAUUGCAGCAGCAAGUGAAGAUGGUGUUCCUCAAAAUUGUGUUUUUAAUUCAGUAAAGCCAAAUGUAUAUGUGGUUAAUGGUACUAUGGGCAAGGCUGAAGCCGAGAAAGGUUCUGAUCAGCAUGAAUUGCAAAAAGGAGUGAAUUGUUGCUCUGGAAUUCCAGAGUUGAAGAGAAAGUUGAAGGACUCUUACAUUUUGUUUGCACAGGAUGCUCAAUCUCGAGCCAAAGUCGAACAGUUGAAAGAAGUAUUGAAGCAAGAAGCUUUCUCGGUUCUGCAAUCAUGUGGUUGGUCUAGUAAGGUAUACAGUUUUAUGUGUUCGAGGAAAAGAUUAUGCGCACGGGAAGCAGGAGACGUCCCUAGUAAUAUCGACUUAAAGAAGGUUUUGAUUGCAGAGGCCAAAUCAACCUUUCUCUCACAGAUACCUGAAUCAUUGAAAGAAGAUCUAGUCAAACGUCUCAGGUCAUUUAGCCAAGAGAAGUGACAUCCUGCGCUAUUUUGUUAAGUCGAAUGGGUAACGAAGAAGUGUCUUGACAGUUGCUGGUGGAGCUCCUGUGUGUAAACUGUAUGACUAAUUGAUGAAAGUAAAACAUAUUUUUGCAGAAGACAACAACUAGGGGGUUUUCUAUACCCUGUCUUGUAAGCAAGUGGGGCAGUGGCAACAAUAGGCACCUGUUAAUUUUUUUUUUUCUUUUUUCCAUUUAUCAUUGUUAUUGUUAUGAUGGUUGUUUCCCAGUUGAUGGUAUUGAGAUGAAAGGGCUGAGUUCAAAGUCUUGCCAACAAUUUUUUUCCCCUUAAGCCUUGAGAGUUGGUUUUGGUGGAGAGCUAUGAAGUCUUUAUAAAUUUUGUACUAUAUUCUUUUUGGCAGUUAGUGUAACAUCCUCGUUGAUGGGAUGCACAUACCAAUUUUCCCUGUCCAGACAGUACCUUGUGAAAUGUAUACAAUCAUUGAGUUUUAUCCUCCAACUUGUUAUU